GUCUCGGAUAUCAAGCUGGCCUGUGCAUGUUUUUACCGAGCAUCGUCGCGGUCUCAGAGUCUCUUCAUGCAUUGAGGAUAUCGCAACACGCAAAUCGCAGUCGCAUCGUAUUAUCCACCCCUCACGAAAACUUGAUCGUGUGAAGACACAUGUGCACCAUCAGUGCUGGCGCAAUGCAAAGUGCACCAGAGUACCCACGCCCGGCGCCAUCACCGGACUGCGUUGUUCCCAAAACGGAAAUCUCAUCCCGAAAAGGAAGGAGGCGAGUUCAUCGCGACAUCGCGUGUCAACAGGACAAAGAAACGUCCGAAUGCGGCCGUUUCCUUGUCUGGGGGGGUUUAUCAACUGGAAUGGAGCGUCCCAGUCGUUAUUGUUCUCCCCGAAUUGGAAUCCAGUCGAGUCACUCAUCCCUCAGCCUCCGAGCCGUUCUCCUGCGAUACCAUCGAUCCAUCAGUCACUACACAUCAUCAGAGAUGCACUGCAAAUUCCUCGCCGCUCUUGUCCUGUCGAUCGUUGCCCUGACUGUCUCUGCGGCACCGAUAUCUGCGGACUCUGUUGACCUGAGUGCUGAGGCUCGCGGGUUUGCACCAAUCCAGCCCAAGUCGACGGUGGUCGAGGAGGAGCGCGGAUUCACCCAAAACCCUGGCACCCACCGUCGUCUUUUGGCACUCGAGCUUGCGCUCGUGCAUUGUAGCUCUAUUUCGGUCUUCCUUCCCUCUUCGUUCCCUAUACGCCCGGUCGCACACACCGAAAUACCUGAAGGCCUGCCAAGCUAUCAAACGUCCUCCACACAUCUCAUGUCAGACGCGCUCGUCCAGUCCCCUCCGCUUGACAUUCCACCUAACGUCACCGCACACUCGUCCAUCGCAACGCACAACGACCUGUCAUUCAAUCUGAACAUCGACCGCGCGUGCCACUGGAUCGCUUCAUCUCUGCAGCCUGCGAGCGCGCAAUCGACUGCUGAGAGGUGGGCAGAGGGGAAGCGGCAAUACAAGGAUGAGGGCCAAUCGGAGAGCUGUAAAGCAGAGCAGAACGCACAGGAGGGUCAUGUGCGACAGAAGAGUUGA